AGGGGGGGCGCGCCGGGCGCCCGCGGCCAAGGUGGACCGAGCCUCCCGGCUCGCUGCUCCAGCGCAGCUGCCGUGUCUCCGCAGCGUGAUUUAUUUUUUUUUCUUCUAAACUCUUCUUCCAGGGAGAGGCUAGUGGUAACAGGCCGAGCUGGAUGGAUGGGUAUGGGGAGAAGGGCAGGACGUUCAGCCCUGGGAUUCUGGCCGACCCUCGCCUUCCUCCUCUGCAGCUUCCCCGCAGCCACCUCCCCGUGCAAGAUCCUCAAGUGCAACUCUGAGUUCUGGAGCGCCACGUCGGGCAGCCACGCCCUGGCCUCGGACGACGCCCCCGAGUUCUGCGCCGCGCUACGCACCUACGCCCUGUGCACGCGGCGGACGGCCCGUACCUGCCGGGGCGACCUGGCCUACCACUCGGCCGUCCAUGGCAUAGAGGACCUUAUGAGCCAGCACAACUGCUCCAAGGACGGCCCCACCUCGCAGCCGCGCCUACGCACACUCCCGCCGGCCGGGGACAGCCAGGAGCGCUCGGACAGCCCCGAGAUCUGUCACUAUGAGAAGAGCUUUCACAAGCACUCGGCCGCCCCCAACUACACGCACUGCGGCCUUUUUGGGGACCCGCACCUCAGGACUUUCACAGACCGCUUCCAGACCUGUAAGGUGCAGGGCGCCUGGCCCCUCAUCGACAACAAUUACCUGAACGUGCAGGUCACCAACACACCUGUACUACCUGGCUCGGCGGCCACCGCCACCAGCAAGCUCACCAUCAUCUUCAAGAACUUCCAGGAGUGUGUGGACCAGAAGGUGUACCAGGCGGAGAUGGACGAGCUGCCGGCCGCCUUCGCCGACGGCUCCAAGAACGGCGGGGACAAGCACGGGGCCAACAGCCUGAAGAUCACCGAGAAGGUGUCGGGCCAGCACGUGGAGAUCCAGGCCAAGUACAUCGGCACCACCAUCGUGGUGCGCCAGGUGGGCCGCUACCUGACCUUCGCGGUGCGCAUGCCCGAGGAGGUGGUCAACGCUGUGGAGGACCGGGACAGCCAGGGCCUCUACCUCUGCCUGCGAGGCUGUCCCCUCAACCAGCAGAUCGACUUCCAGGCCUUCCAUGCCAACGCCGAGGGCCCCAGUGCCCGCAGGCCGGCGGCCACCAGCCCCGCACCCGCGGCCCCGGAGACCUUCCCGUACGAGACGGCCGUGGCCAAGUGUAAGGAGAAGCUGCCCGUGGAGGACCUGUACUACCAGGCCUGCGUCUUCGACCUGCUCACCACGGGCGACGUGAACUUCACGCUGGCCGCCUACUACGCGCUGGAGGACGUCAAGAUGCUGCACUCCAACAAAGACAAGCUGCAUCUGUACGAGAGGACUCGGGAGCUGCCGGGCGGGGUGGCCACUGCGGGGCUGUCCCCGGCACCCCGGCCCCUGCUCAGCACCCUCCUCCUCGCCCUGCUCCUUGCAUUCUGGUAGACAUUUGUCAGGCAGGGUGUCCGGGGAGGCGUGAGUUCUGUCCCGCAGCCUGUGGCUUCUUCUUUGGGGGGUCAGGGCGCGGGUAGACUGGUGCAUUCCCGGGUAGCCCAGAGGCCCAUGGGACGUCCCCUGGGAUGGCCUCCAAGGGCCGGGGUGGGGCGGCCGUCCCCUCUUGUAGUGCACGUGACAAGGUUGUGGUGACUGGUGUUGUGGUGUCUGUGACAGUAGAGCUGUGUGUGAGGGAGAGCAGCUCCCCUCCGCCCCGCCCCUGCAGUGUGAAUGUGCAAAACAGCCCCUCAGGCCACAGCCCCCCACGCCCCCCACCAGACAC